UGGAAAGAAUAGUACUAGAACUCUAUUAAGAAAUGUUUAAAUUAUUUGCUGUAAUUUUGUUAUUUGUAGUCUUAACAAAGGGUCGGAUGGAAAAUGAAAUCACUUUCACCACUAAUUCCAACAGCAGAUCAGUAGCUAAUAUCGAUGAAUAUAUCAAUCAAAACCGUCAAAAAUAUGCCAACAUGUUGCAAGAUUAUAACAAUCGUUUGAAUAUUUUUCAAAAAGUUUAUAAUGCACGUUUAGAUGGAAUUGGAAUACAACAGAAUAUGCUAACAGAUAGUAUGCUACAGAAUGAAGGAAAUUUAAAUUCGUUAGAAGGUUCUAAUGAGUCCACCAAAGAAUGUGUCAUCAAAUAUCGGUCUACCCUACCUACAGUAGCGGACACUAAAACAUCUAUUUUAAGUUGUGUAAAUAUAGCCAAAAAUCAGUAUAGCAAUUUGCUAAAUGAACCUGAAAAUACCAAAAUGUAUUUAAUAGGCUAUUAUUACGGUUAUUUCGAUAUAAAGCUUAGAGAUUGUAGCGAGAAUUUGGACAAUACAUCGGUUAAUUACAAUGAUUGUGUUACAAGUGUGAUUAACACUUCAAAUAUUUUUACUACCAGUAAUCAAAAUAAUUUUGAUACACAAAUGUCUGCAGCCGAUCAGUCAUCAAUUGUUAUUAUUAAAACAGCUUUUGAUUGUAGUUUUCAGAUAGAAAAACGUACAAUUUCUUUAAUCGUUGAGGUCAAUAAUUUGAUUAGUAAAUGUCAAUUGGGACUAUAGGAUAUUGGAGAUAAUGCGGGCAAGGUUUUGCCCUUUCUUCUUAUGCCUAUAAUUAAACCAAAAUCUAAAAUUAUUUAAUUCAUUAAUGGUAUAAAUUAAAUAU